UGAUUGUGAUACUGCAUUAGCACAUUCACCAAACAACAAACUUACUUCAGAACUAGACCCGAUUCAUAUUAAACCUCUUAUCAUAAUGCAACUCCAGUUGGAUCAACAAGCUCAACUUAUCCAACAAUUGCAAACACAGAUUUAA